GGACGGUGCGGUCAGAACCGAGGUGGCGACGCCGGCGAUUCCGGAUUGAGGGCCCGAGGCCGAGACCCGAGGGAUGCAUAGCAGCACAUGUCCCAAUAGGCAAAAGGUGGAGACAUCUAAGAUGUCCAUCAGCAGAUGAAUGAAUAAACAAAUUGUGAUAUACGCUUACAAUGGAAUGUCACUCAGCAGAAGAAAUAAAGCACUGGCACAUGUCACAACGUGGAUGAACCUCGAGAACAUCAUGCCGAGUCAAAGAAGCCAAACAGGGAAGGUCACGUGUGGUAUGAUCCCAUUGAUAUGAAAUGUCCAGAACAGGAUGCUGCCCAUCACGGAACAUCUGCUGCGCCUUCUGGGACUGGAGAAGACCGCCUUCCGCUUGUAUGCCGUGUCUGCGCUCCUCCUCUCCCUGCUCUUCUUCCUCUUCCACCUGCUGCUGCGGCUCCUGCGGCUCUGCUGGCACUUCUACGUCACCUGCCGCCGGCUGCGCUGUUUCCCCCAGCCGCCCCGGCGCAACUGGCUGCUGGGCCACCUAGGCAUGUAUCUCCCAAAUGAGAUGGGCCUCCAGGAUGAGAAGAAGGUGCUGGACAACAUGCAUCAUGUGGUCUUGGUGUGGAUGGGACCUGUCUUGCCACUGGUGGUUCUGGUGCACCCUGAUUACAUCAAACCCCUGGUGGGCGCCUCAGCCGCCAUUGCCCCCAAGGAUGACCUUUUCUAUGGCUUCCUGAAACCUUGGCUAGGGGAUGGGCUGCUGCUCAGCAAAGGUGAGAAGUGGAGCCGGCACCGCCGCCUGCUGACACCUGCCUUCCACUUUGACAUCCUGAAGCCCUACAUGAAGAUAUUCAAUCAGUGCACCAACAUCAUGCAUGCUAAAUGGCGGCGCCUGGCGGAGGGCCCAGUGGUCUCCCUUGAUAUGUUUGAGCAUGUCAGCCUCAUGACCCUGGACAGUCUUCAGAAAUGUGUCUUCAGCUACAAUAGCAACUGCCAGGAGAAGAUGAGCGAUUACAUCUCAGCCAUCAUUGAGCUGAGUGCGCUGGCGGUCCGACGCCAAUAUCGCCUGCACCACUACAUCGACUUCAUCUACUACCGCACAGCAGACGGGCGGCGCUUCCGUGAGGCCUGUGACACCGUGCACAGCUUCACCACCGAGGUCAUCCAGGAGCGGCGGCUGGCGCUGCGCCAGCAGGGGGCUGAGGCCUGGCUCAAGUCCAAGCAGGGCAAGACCUUGGAUUUCAUCGAUGUGCUGCUCCUGGCCAAGGAUGAAGAUGGAAAGGAACUGACAGAUGAGGACAUCCGAGCUGAGGCGGACACAUUCAUGUUUGAGGGUCACGACACCACAUCCAGUGGGCUCUCGUGGGUGCUGUUUAACCUGGCCAAGUACCCAGAGUACCAGGAGAAGUGCCGGGAAGAGAUCCAGGAAGUCAUGAAAGGCCGGGAGCUGGAGGAGCUGGAGUGGGAUGACCUGACUCUGCUGCCCUUCACCACUAUGUGCAUCAAAGAGAGCCUACGCCAGUUCCCACCCGUGACCCUGGUCUCCCGCCGCUGCACCGAGGACAUCAAGCUCCCGGAUGGGCGCAUCAUCCCCAAAGGAAUCAUCUGCCUGGUCAGCAUCUAUGGAACCCACCACAACCCCACAGUGUGGCCUGACUCCAAGGUGUACAAUCCCUAUCGCUUCGACCCGGACAAGCCACAGCAGCGCUCGCCGCUGGCCUUCGUGCCCUUCUCGGCAGGACCCAGGAACUGCAUCGGACAGAGCUUCGCAAUGGCCGAGAUGCGCGUGGCCGUGGCGCUGACUCUGCUGCGCUUCCGCCUGAGCGUGGACCGGACGCGCAAAGUUCGGCGGAAGCCGGAGCUCAUCUUGCGCACGGAGAAUGGCAUCUGGCUCAACGUAGAGCCCCUACCUCCGCGGACCUCAGCCUGAGCGCCGGUGCGCCCCUGCGGAGCCCGGGGCCUAAGCCCCGCCUAGAGGCCGAAGCCCCGCCCUCGAGGGGACAGACCACGCCCCUAAGUCCUGUGGACAUAGGCCACGCCCCUCGAAGUCCAGGCUCCGCUCAGGAGGAUCAAGGUCCUCCACUGAGCAGCGGGUAGGUGCAGGCCACGCCCCUCAAGGCAAGGCCACGCCCCUUGAGUUCCAGGACCCACCCCUCGAGUGCUGCCCUCUGAUUUGAGGACCAGGCUAGGCCACACCCCUUGGGCACAGACCCCGCCCCCAGCAUCCUGCGGCUUCAGGUCUUCAGGCCUCUCCCACAGAGCCUUCUAAGACCAGACGUCUAAAGCAUCCUGGAUUCAAGCCCUGUCCCACGCGGAUCUGACGGGCUUCUAAAUGGAGGACUUGGGAGCUGGAGCCCGAGGUCAGAGCCUUGAACCUGGAUAUCGCCUUCCUGAGGCCCCUAGCUCAGAUGGGCGAACUUCUCAGGCAUCAGGCUGCCUCCUGUGGCCCUGCUGUUUGCUUUUCUUGUUUUGUAAACUCAAACCCUCCUUCCAAGCCCCUUCCUUCCUCCCUUACUCAAAGGCCCUUUGCUAAGGGUUUUGAUUUUUGUAGAAUAAAAGCAAGGGAUACAGAUAUCCACCAUCAUCCACCCUCUAGCCUGACCAGACCCUGACAUCCAGAGCCCAGCGAGGAAACGAGGGACCUGGGACAGUUGGGACACAGCUGAGGGAAGCUGUGAGCUAGGAGGCUGGAAAAUCAUUUGUCCUUGGACAUAAACUGAGACUGUUUGGGACA